AUGCCUGUGAAACUACAGCUGCUGGCGAUACCACUCAUCGCUCUCGCUAUAAUUACUUGGUCCUUAUGGUCACAAAAGCACCAUUUCGCUACGUACUAUUCCGUGCCGACAGGUCAGCACCUACAUGACAAGUUGCAUAGGGAGGAUUCACGAAUCACUGUAUCAGACGGUGAUACCCUUCCGGCAGCGAACAUCUCGGCCUACCUCAAGGCCAUCUUUUACCACCAGUCAGCCGGGCUUCCAAGCUUCCAGUGUCCACGUAUAAAUGCAACCCGAUACAACUCUCUUACCAACUCGCCGGGGCCAUCAAACCCUAGUAUCAGAUAUUAUCUGGCGCUUGAUCUACGAGAAAAUCUGAUCCUCCUGCCUCGUCUUAUUGGGAGUGUCGUAGAAGCCAUCCAGUUUCUUGGCCCUCAACAUUGCAUGCUAUCCAUCGUUGAGGGCAACUCUCCUGACGGCACUGGCGACGUUCUGUCGGCUCUUGGAUCUCACCUUGAAACUCUUGGGAUAACCUAUGUUUUUCAGUCAUCGCCCAUCGAUCCCACCAAGACUAAGCGCAUUUCGAGUCUCGCAGCGUUGCGCAACCUGGCGCUGCAACCUUUGUUCGAGCAUCGCAAUCAAGUCACCAGAGAUACCACUAUCAUCUUCUCGAACGACGUGACAGCAUGCCCAGAUGACAUCCUUGAGCUUGUAUACCAGAGGAAAUCCCUUACGGCUGACAUGUCCUGCGCAAUGGACUGGAACCUCGAGAAUCCAAGGUUCUAUGAUGUUUGGAUCUCUCGGGCCAUGAACGGCGACUCAUUCCUGGACGUUCCUGAUGGUGACUGGGGAAACACUUCAGAGCUAUUUUGGAAUGCGAAAGAAACUCGAGCCCGAUUUGAUGCGAAACGGCCAUUUCAAGUAUUCUCUUGUUGGAACGGCGCCGCAGUGUUUAGUGCUCAGCCAAUUAUUAAAGGUCUGCGCUUCAGGGCCCCAAAAAGAAAUGAAUGCCCGCAGGGUGAGCCACAGUUGUUCUGCAAAGAUAUGUGGUACCGCGGAUAUGGGAAGAUUGCAGUUGUGCCAUCCAUCAACCUUGAGUACAAACUUGAAAUGGGGAGAAAACUUAAAGAAAAGAUGGGCUUCACGUCGGAUAUUGUCUCAGAACAGGAUCCAGAUGGAGACCAUAUCGAGUGGCAGCCAGAUCCUCCGGCCAAGGUUAAGUGUAUCGCAGAAUGGGAUGAUCAGUAUUGGGUACCAUGGAAUGAAUCGUUAUUGUAA